UGCCAAGAACCAUAUAACACCUUGACGGUUCGACGCCGGUGUUGUUUGCUUUUCACCUUCAACGACUUUCACCAUGCGUCUCACUUUCCAACUAGUUUUAACCAUUAUUAUUUCCACAUGUUCCCUGGCGACGUUUUCCCAAGGUUUAUCCUCUGGGGAAAACCUUGAAACCAAGAGUCUGGUGGAGCAUGACGACUCCUCUUGCAGACAACCAGGUUCACGCACCUCGCCAUAUCGGAGAAUUUGUGUCCCAUUUCUUCGAAGACGUUGGGCAGAAACUCUCAGGUGUGGUACACGAUGUUGUGGAACCCGCAAUCUCAGAUGUCUUGCUGGAGGUCGAGCCCUUUGUGGACAAUCUCCUUGAAUUCACCAGUUCCCUCCGCAAGGGAGCCGAACUACAAGUAUCGCAAGCAAAGGACAGCGUAGACGAAGUGAUGAAGACGGUACACCUUGUAGUAAAUGCUGCUGGCAAAUUACAAACCGAUAUCGUUACCCAUGGUCCGGAGGGCAUCGCGUUCGAGACGGUGGUUGAAGACCUCGGACUCCUCUUCGCCCCAAUAGUUCAACAACUGAAUAUGUCUCUACAGACCGCACCAGGUCAUGAUGAGCGGCAGAAAGCGAUACAUGAACUCUUACAAAUGCUCGGAGAAUCUAUUGUUCAGUUGGGUGUCAAGAAUGGCAUGGAAGAGACUGUCAUGCGCAAUCAUAUGGACCAGAUUAUACCGCACGUGCAGGCCGUUGUCGUCCUUAUCGGUGACCUCCAUCAACAGCAUCCCAUCCUGGGGAAUAUAGUGUUGUUCGAGAUUGUCACUUUGAUUUUGGCAGACUUACCAGUCCUCGGUCCAUUCUUGACAGUGCUACUUGGCUUCAGUCGUCGGGGUCCGGUCAAAGAUUUCUGCUUUGUUGCAGCGUAUCUUCCGAGGAGAAAUACCGAAAGGCAGUUGGUUUGCCGUCUUGCAGAAGCUUGGAAUGGGCUUGUAAUUGCAGCAAUCAACACGGGCGGCCAUAGUUAGGAACUGGGAUCAGCUAUGAGCAUCCCCAGUCGUUGCCGCCGGGGAUUUUCAAUGUUUUGUUAGAAUUGUCGAUGAUUGCAAGGAUACGAUGUUUGUACUAGUGCAUUGGCUUUUCGGACCGUUUUUCCCUUUUUUUCCCUCGAUACCCCGUGCAGACAGUUAUGGAUUGUAUAGCCGCCAAUGUGUCUCUUCGCUUUUCAUCGCACUUCGAGAUGUAUUUGUAGCGUAUGCCUAUCGGAACUUGACCUAGUGUAUAUCAUGUUGUUACAGUCA